AUGCUGAGCCUGGUGGGGCUGGUGCUGUGCCUCGUGCCUGUGGACACCCUGACUGCCUUCCCCCCAAAGUGUGAUCAGGUGGGGAAGCUGAACGGGGAUGUGGUGGUGCAGUGUGACACGUUGGAGCCACACAUCAGCUGGACACUGAACGGGGAGCAGGAGCCCAUGGCUGAACUGGUGGCCGAGGGCCAGAACCUCACCAUCCUCGGCUUGGACUUGCCAGCCACGGGCAACUACAGCUGCUGGGCCGGCCCAGUCCUGCUGGACACCACCUACGUGGUGGUCAGCAGCACCUACGAAGAGGAGAUCGACGUGACCUGCCAGGCUGAGUCCUACUACGGCUCCUUCCACUGCUCCUGGCCCGGGCCCCCCUCUGCCAUCUUCCGUGCCCGCCUCACACACAGCGAUGGCUCCGUGGGCCUGUGGGUGCCAGUGGCCGGGGGCCACGGCCAGUUCAGCAUCAGCCUGGCCGACCCCUCAUUUUGCCCCUUCGGUGAAGAGCUGCGUCCGCUGCAGCUGCACCUGGAGGGGCUCUCAGAUACCUCCUACCUCAGCCUCUCCAGGCACUUCUUCCUCCGUGACAUUGUGCGUCCUGACCCGCCCCAGGAGCUGACCCUGCGGUGGCAGGGGGAGCAGCUCCACCUGGCCUGGGCACCCCCAGCCUCCUGGCAGCUCCCCAAGUCCUACUUCUCGCUGCUCUACCAUCUACAGUACGAGCUCCCCAACGGCACCCAGGUAACCCCUCAUGCACCCACCCUGCCCCAGCCCGGGCUCUUCCCUGCUCAGCCCUGGCCCCCUCCCCACUCCUCUGCUUCUCUCCUUGAGGCAACGAAUUGUCACCCCUGGCUGUCACCUCUGCUCCCCCAGCUCUGCCCCCCCACUCUUUUGCAAUGGCUUCCCCCUACUCCCAGGAUCUGCCCAGGCCAUGACCUGCCCCCUUUGCAGGUUGAGCGGUUCGUGGAGGGCGUGGAGGAGACACAGGUGCAAGUGGGUGCACAGCGAGUGCGCAUCAGCUGCCGGGACCCCUACACCCCCCCGGCUUGGAGCCCCUGGAGCCCCUGGCAGGACCUCAAUGCACCACAAUAA